UUCAAGCUUCAAUCAAACGUGAAAAGACAGAUCCGUGAGUUGUCUCUCUUCAAAGUUCAAACCAAAAGCUACUUGUCCGUCCCUUUGUUUCCGAGAGAGAUGUCUGUCUUCGAUGAUUCUUUCGUUAUACUCGGAGACGAUGCAUCUGAGUCUGUUCCAGUCUCAGGCUCCUUCGACACCACCACUGAUCAUCACUCCUUCUCACACCACGUAGAUGACUCCAUCGACGAUGUUUUCGCAGCGCCGUCUUCCGACUACGGAGCUUACACUAACGCAGACGACGUCUUCGGAUCCAACGGUGGACACGACGGUCCCAUCUUGCCACCGCCGUCGGAGAUGGAAUCUGAUGAAGGGUAUGCUCUUAGGGAGUGGAGAAGACACAAUGCAGUUCUCCUUGAGGAGAAGGAGAAGAAGGAAAAGGAGUUACGGAACCAAAUCAUUGAAGAGGCUAAUCAAUUCAAAGAGGAUUUCCAUAAGAAGAGGGAACUAACUUGUGAAAACAACAAAGCAGCUAAUAGGGAGAAGGAAAAGCUAUACAUGGAGACACAAGAGAAGUUCUACGCGGAAGCCAGCAAGAACUACUGGAAGGCAAUCGCAGAGCUAGUUCCUAAAGAAGUUCCAACCAUAGAGAAAAGAAGAGGGAAGAAAGAGCAAGACCCUAAGAAGCCAACUAUCUCUGUCAUUCAAGGUCCCAAACCCGGUAAGCCAACCGAUCUCGCGAGAAUGAGACAGAUUUUGCUCAAGCUCAAACAGAACCCACCAGCUCACCUGAAACUAGCUCCUCAACCUCCACCAGAGGCGGCUGCUGCUGCUACUACUCCUACUCCUCCAAAGAAUGCUCCUGAAACCAAGCCCACCGAAGCAGUUGCUGCUGCUUAAGAAACCCUCUUUGGUUUUGUUUUUUUUUCAUUUGCUUACAUCUAUGUGAUUCUCUCUUUGCAUUUCAUUAUGUGUGUGUGAUAUAAACAGCUUAUCUACUAUCGGAUUAUACUCUAUGACAUUCAUGUUUGAAUUCAAUAAGAGGAGUGGUUAAACAUAACAAA